UUUCCGAAUUAACCCCUUUCUCCUCACUCUCACUCUCACUUCCCUCGUCUGAAAUUUCCUUGUCCAAGAAUUUGACACUGACAUUCUCUCUCUUGCCUGUACGUUUUAGUUUUCGAAAUCCCCACCGUCUUUCGGCUCCGAUAGGUUGAUAUCCUGCAUGCUUAACCUCCGGCGCCGUAGGCCACAACACAGCCGUGACCGGCGAAUCUAUAUGUGCGGUGGCGGUUUUGGGGUUUCUUUGAUUUGGUUUUUCUGGAUGCGUUUUGGGUGCGGGAUAAAUGCGUGAUACCGGCUUUUUGUUAGGGUUUCCGAGCCUGGUGCUUGUUGCGUGCGUGCUUGCUCCGGUGAUCGGGUUCGUAAUUCGGCGAAAAUGGCGGCUCGCCGUGGCGAGAAAGGAGGAGAUCAAGCGGUUGUUAGUACUGGCCGCCGAAGAGGCCGCAAGAGCCGAGCUCGAGGUGUCGUCCGGGUACGGUGUAGGUGCCCUUGCCGCAUGUGAGGUUCCGAUUUCGACGAGUUAUCAUCAGUGCGCCGUGUGUUAUUCCCCUACCACUACCCGUUGUGCCCGAUGCAAGGUCGUCCGAUACUGCUCCGGCAAAUGCCAGAUAAUCCAUUGGAGACAAGGUCACAAGGAGGGAUGUUAUCCUCCUGGUACCACUCAGCAGAUUAUUGAUGUGGGAAGCAAGGUGACAGUUCAAGAUGACCAUAAAACUAGUGGUAGCAGUUUUGAGACUGAAGGUAGGUUUUGUGCAAAUCCAAGCGAAAGAUUUCCUGGGGAACCUGUUUAUUCCAGUCAUGGCUUGUCUCCUGAUUCUCCAUCUGAGAAGAUUGAUGAUAAGAAAUCUGAGUUCCUGCAAGAUAGUAAAGGAACUAGUUCUGAUUCUGAAACAUCAAGUAUGUCAUUUUCAGGAUUUUCUACUUCCACUACCAGUGGCAAAGUAUCUGAUGAUGUUUCCGAGGGUGAGAGCACAGACUCAAAUGAGUCCCAGGGAUCAGAUGUACAUCUGUCUGUUAAUAAUCCCCUCGACAUUCAUGAGACCAUUUCUAGUGUUAAGCACAUAAAUCAAAGCCAGGCAUUGUUGCCAAAGUUUGCUAGUUUAGUCUAUUCUGUAGAUAGCCUUACCAAAGCUAAUAAAUUAAAUCAGACCAAACCCAAUCGUAGAGAUGGAGAAAGUGGUUGUGCCUCAACUAGUUCUUCGGGUUUGGGAAGUAGUUGCAUGCUCAAGGAUUCAAUUGCUGAACCCCGUACGGUGUCGGCUGGUUUUUGGGGGACAACUCUCGACUCCAUUGGGUCCAAAAUUGAUACCUCUGAUAAUUAUGUUUUGUCAAAUUCUCAUGGAGUUGGUGACAGCAAAUUAUCUGACUCUGGGUCUGUCUUAAGUUUUUCAUUCAGCUUGUCUGAAACAACACCUUUGCCUGCACAAGAUGCUAAGGUAAAAGGCAUUGUAUCAGAUGAUGCUUUUCCCUGUGCUUUGCGUAUCAUUAAGUCUGUUCAUGGGGCAGCAUUGUCAGAAAAUAUUUGUGCUGAUGUUCCAAACAAAAACUCUGCAUCCCUGAAUGAAGGGUCUAGCCAUAUGGAUAAUGAUGCUAGCUGUGAUUCACAUUCGUUGAAGUGCAUUAAAGUCGAAUCUAUGUCCUCUUCCUCUUCAUAUGUUCAUCUAUCUUCAAAUGCUCUUCGAGAUUCAAUAAGUUCAGAUGCUUCAAAUGUCAUUAACUUGCCAUCCUCGAGCUCUGAAAGGUUGAAGCAUGACACUGAUGACCCUGAAAGUACUUCACAUCUUUUGAAGUCCAGAGGAGUCAGAUGUUUAUCAUCCAGUGCUUUUGAUGUUCGUGUAGCCUCUAGUGCUCAGGGACAUUCAGUUCCUGUGGAUAAAUCGGGAAAGGUUGAUGGUGUUCAGGCUAGUGCUGCUAUAUCCUCUCACGUUAGGAGUGGCUUGAAAACAUCUGUACAGGAGUUUGCUGACCAGUUCAGAGGAUCUAAUUUAUCAAGACACUGCACGGUAGGCGAUGGAUGUGAGGUUUCUGCAAGAUACACGGACAAGGGGAAUUUUCCAUACGAAUUGUUUGUCAAGCUCUAUAAUUGGAAUUCAAUAGAAUUUCGUCCUUGUGGUCUUAUAAAUUGUGGGAACAGCUGUUAUGCUAAUGCUGUGCUCCAGUGCUUGGCAUUUACACCUCCUUUGACUGCUUAUUUUCUUCAAGGGCUUCAUUCGAAAUCAUGCGUAAAGAAAGAAGGGUGUUUCACCUGUGAGUUUGAAAGUUUAAUAUUGAAAGCAAGGGAGGGGAAUUCUCCACUCUCUCCUAUUGGGAUACUUGGGAAACUUCAAAAUAUUGGCAAUCAGCUUGGUAAUGGGAGGGAGGAGGACGCCCAUGAGUUUUUGAGGUAUGCUAUUGAUACAAUGCAAUCUGUUUGCCUUAAGGAAGCUGGGCUAGAUGCAUCAGGCCCCUUGGAAGAAGAAACCACUCUAAUAGGCCUCACAUUUGGCGGUUACCUCCGUUCAAAGAUAAAAUGCACCAAGUGCCAAGGCAAGUCUGAGCGGCAGGAAAGGAUGAUGGAUCUUACCGUGGGGAUUGAAGGGGAUAUAGAAACCUUGGAAGAGGCCCUCCAUCAAUUUACAGAUACUGAGAUUUUGGACGGUGAAAACAAGUAUCGAUGUAGCAGAUGCAAAUCUUAUGAGAGGGCCAAAAAGAAACUGACAAUAACAGAAGCUCCAAAUAUCCUUACAAUAGCAUUGAAACGAUUCCAGUCAGGUAAAUUUGGGAAGCUCAAUAAACCAAUUCAAUUUCCGGAGAUACUGGACUUGGCACCCUUUAUUAGUGGGACAAGUGAUAAGUCACCUAUAUAUAGGCUUUAUGGAGUGGUGGUCCAUUUAGACGUCAUGAAUGCAUCCUUUUCUGGUCAUUAUGUGUGCUAUGUUAAGAAUGUCCAAAACAAGUGGUUCAAGAUUGAUGACAGCACUGUAACGCCCGUGGAACUUGAAGGGGUCUUGACAAAAGGGGCAUACAUGCUUCUAUAUGCCAGAUGCUCACCAAGGGCUCCACGCUUCAUUAGAAACAAAACAAUAUCUUGGGACCCCAGAAAUAAAGCCAUCCCUUCCUGGAUCAGCGGAAAGAAUACCAUAUCCAAAUCAAAUGCUGCCCAAAGUUUUCAGGUUUCAAUUCCUCCGGACAGUUCUGCCAGCUUUGAAUCUUUUAACACCAGGUCUCUCCAGCUGCAAAGGAUACCAGAAGAGGACUCAUCGAGUGAUAGUUCUUCCCUACUCAGCAACUCUGAUGAAGGCUCCUGCGGCACCGAUAGUACCCGCGAUUCUACCAGUACCGAUGAAUUAUCUGACUUUAUAUUUGGCGAAUCGGGACAGAGUUGGAACAGUCCAUCAAGGAGUCCUGAUUCGAAUACUUCAUCUUCCUCUCCCUCUCCCUCUCCCUCAAGGCAUUCACCCAAUUCUUAUUCGGAGCCGGAUGCUUUGGGUUUCACCGGAACAAGUAGGUCUCAAGCUGAGGGAAGUGUUCCGUUUUUGCAUUCUGACACAACCCGACAUUGUAGAAAGUUAGUGACUAAUAGUAGUUGUAGGGAAACUGAGUCAGAGAGAUUAGGAUCUAACCCCUCUCGCGAUGUAAACUCUGGCAUAUCUUUUAAAAAAUCAAUGAGGGAAAGAAGAGAUUAAACAUUUGGUAAUAAUACAUAUAGUUAAUGAGUGGUAAAUAAUAGUUAAGAGGG